AUGAAUAUUGAACAAGCCGAAGUUAACUCCAAAUUAUUAGAACUAUCGAGGCAAAAUAUAGAUGAUAAAGCGAAAAAGGACCUCCAACUCAAGCAAAAGCAAGAGGAACUAUUGGAGCAAAAGAGAAUUAUCUUAAAGUCUUUGCUAACACCAGAUGCUCACGCUCGAUUAUCAAGGAUAGCUAUAGUUAAGGAGGAAAAUGCCAGAAGAAUAGAGGAUAUAAUUAUACGAAAUAGCCAAAUGGGUUUAUUGCAUAAAAAAAUUGAUGAAGAUCAGCUGAUCAAACUUAUAGAGCAAGUAAGUGGGAGAAUGAACAAAAAGGAGCCCGUCGUUGAAAUCAGAAGAAGAAAGCAAUUUGAUGAUGACGACGAUUUCAAUGAGGAAGACUAUAUGUAA